GAAAAUACAGCAUGGUACGUACCUCAGUGGUUGAUUCGGCCCAAAGCCCCGCUCAUCACAUCACUUAAUACGGCAGAGGAAUCCUUCCGCUCGCGUCCGAUGCACAUGUACCUAUGAGGCUGUCAUGCUGUCAUGGAAACCCCUCCGAAGACCCUCUCUUCCCCGAAGCCAUGUAACUCUAGCUGCAACAAAGGGGUUAAGACUUGCUCUCACUUGGGAUGAACGGGUCAUUCAGGGUGGCGGGGUCCCCAGACUUGACUUACAUUUAAAUAGCGCGCUGUACCUAUUUUGUCUGUCUACAAGAGAGCUCACCUACUCUUUAUAGCCACCUUGCAUAUUUACCGCAGUUGUUCAACCAAGUGCACCUCAGAGCUGGUCAAUAUCCAGCUCAACUGCCAACAGUCUUCAUCAUGUCCAAGCCUACCGAUCUGCCCAAAAUGGAGUACCGCUUCUUGGGACGGUCUGGUCUCAAGGUUUCUGCCAUUUCUCUCGGCGGUUGGCUCACAUACGGUGGCCACGUCGAUGAGGACGCGACAUUUGCCUGCAUGAAGGCUGCGUAUGAUUCCGGUGUCAACUUCUUUGACUGUGCUGAAGGUUAUGCCGGUGGUGAGAGUGAGAUUGUGAUGGGAAAGGCCAUUAAAAAGUAUGGCUGGAAACGCAACGACUUGGUCAUCUCAACCAAGAUCUACUGGGGAGCCGCAAACGGUGACAACCCAGUCAACAAUGUCGCCUUAUCUCGCAAGCACAUCAUUGAGGGCACCGAGUCCUCGCUUGAACGACUGCAGCUCGCAUACGUCGAUAUGCUCUACGCUCACAGGCCUGAUCGGCAGACUCCGAUGGAGGAAACUGUUCGCGCCUUCAACUAUCUGAUCAACUCGGGCAAGGCGAUGUACUGGGGGACUAGCGAGUGGAGCGCCGACGAGAUCAUGAACGCACACCGCGUGGCCGACCGUCUUGGGCUUAUUGCCCCAGUCAUGGAGCAGCCUUGCUACAACAUGAUUGAUCGCCUCAAGGUUGAGCAAGAAUAUGCGCACCUUUACCGCGAGGUGCAAUUGGGCCUUACGGUCUUUAGCCCCUUGAAGCAGGGUAUCCUUUCGGGCAAGUACAAGGACGGCAUCCCGGACGACUCCAGGUUUGCACAGCAACAGGUCGAGUUCAUCAAGGGCUACUGGAAGCGCACCGGCAAGGAGCAGUGGGACGGCACGGUUCAAAAGGUGAACAAGCUGGCACCGAUCGCUGAACGUCUGGGCACAACACAAGCUGCACUGGCUCUCGCUUGGGUCUUGAAGAACCCCAACGUCAGCUCGGCCAUUACCGGCGCAAGCAGCGCCGAGCAGGUGUUCAGCAACAUCAAGGCUCUGGAUGUUGUUGAGAGGCUUACCCCUGAUAUCAUGAAGGAAAUUGAUGAUAUCUUGGAGAACAAGCCUCCUGCUAUGACCAUGAGGUUUGCUUAAAAGGCCUCUUUCUACAUGGAUUGGGAAAGAGUACGUGGGUGAAAUACAACUCGUACAAGGGUACUUGGAUAGACGCACAAAAUAAAGGGCCCAAACAGAACUUGAUUGAUAUAUAAACUGUGAAUUGGGGUUGACAGAAUCGAACGUAGGUAUGCUACCUAGGUAGGUAGGUAGGCAGGUAGGUAAAUUGAAAGGAAUCGGGUCUUUUCUUGGGCAGUCUCGACAGGUAGGAGGCAAUUACUUGCAAUUUCGUAGUCUUGCCAAAUUGGUGCCGAAAUCCAG